CGUUUGAGGCGGAGUUUGCAUCCGGGGCUUUUGAGACGGAUUUCUUCCCCGUGGACCACCACCACCUCAGCCACCGGCCUGCCCACCCUCGAACCUGGGCCGGUCAGAUGGGACCGCAGUGCCAGCAUCAAAGCACCUCAUGAUGGCCCUUCCAGCAGUUUGGUGAACAGUGAUUCAUGGAACAACUCGGUUAUGCUCGGCCUUUCCAAGAGCAGGUCCAUGUCUGCUUCAUACGCUGCCUCCUCCGCCACCAACCACAUCUAUAGCAAGAGCCGAAGAGGUUACCCUUCUUCCAACAUCUCACCUCUGGCUUCACCCUGCAACUCCCCUCCAGUCCAGGGCACUCCGCUCACCAGCCCCACCAACAAAAGCCCUUCACUUGAGCUGCCGGACGCAGAGCUUCCGCCGGGCGACGGCCCGCCACCACGGAGCCCCCACAAAGCCUUAACCCACAGUCAGAGCGCCCCCAGCUCCAGCACCUCACAAUGGGUGCCGCCUCCACUUUGUAGCAGCUGUGGAAGACGGUACGGUAAACUGAGACACGUGGAAGGAUCCAUAGAUGCAGGAGAUCGAACCCAACAGUCAGACGAGCUGCUGAUAAUGUCGUCAGACUAUGAGACCAACCACAGUGACAGCAGCGACAUUGCACAGAACGAGGAAGACGGAGAGGGUCGCAUGAAAGCCUGCGGGACGUUCCCGUCUCCGGCGCUCGCACUGGCCGCUCUCAUCCCACCAGAGGAUAAGCCCAUCUUGGCCCCGGAGUCACUGGUGAUGGAGGGCCUGGAGCCCCUCAUGAGUCAGAUCAACAACUGGAACUUCCCCAUCUUCAGUCUGGUGGAGAGAACCAACAGCAGAUGUGGCUGCAUCCUCAGCCAGGUGUCUUACCGGUUGUUUGUGGACACGGGACUCUUUGAGACAUUCAAGAUUCCAGUGAGGGAGUUCAUGAACUAUUUCCACGCUCUGGAGAACGGAUACAGGGACAUCCCAUAUCACAACAGGAUUCAUGCAACAGACGUCCUCCAUGCGGUUUGGUACCUCACGACCCAGCCUGUGCCUGAUUUACCUACACUGGCAUCACUGAGUGACUCGGACUCUGACGGUGGACUCGCUCACAGCCACUCAAAGUACCUGAUGUCCACGACGUAUCCUGUAGAGGAGGAGGGUUACAGCUGUCUGUCCGGCCUCAUCCCCGCUCUGGAGCUGAUGGCGCUCUACGUAGCAGCCGCCAUGCAUGAUUACGACCAUCCCGGCAGGACCAACGCGUUCCUGGUGGCCACCAGCGCUCCUCAGGCUGUGCUUUAUAAUGACCGUUCGGUGCUGGAGAACCAUCACGCAGCGUCUGCCUGGAAUCUCUUCAUGUCGCGGCCUGAGUACAAUUUUUUGGCCAGUCUGGACAACAUGGACUUCAAACGCUUUCGCUUCCUGGUCAUCGAGGCCAUACUGGCCACCGACCUCAAGAAACACUUCGACUUUCUGGCUGAAUUCAAUGCCAAAGUGGGAGAUGAUGGAUGCUCAAGCAUUGAUUGGACUAAUGAGAAUGAUCGUCUGCUGGUCUGUCAGAUGUGUAUUAAGUUAGCGGAUAUAAACGGUCCGUUGAAAAGCAAGGAGCUUCAUUUGCAGUGGACGGAAGGCAUCGUCAAUGAGUUUUAUGAACAGGGUGAUGAAGAGUCCAGUUUGGGCCUUCCCAUCAGCCCUUUCAUGGACCGUACAGCACCACAGUUGGCCAAACUGCAGGAGUCCUUCAUCACACACAUCGUCGGGCCUCUCUGCAGCUCUUAUGAUUCAGCCGCCCUCAUGCCCGGCCACUGGGUCGACCCUCUGCCCAAAGAGGGUGAAAAUGCUGAGGAAGAGACGGAUGAAGAGGAGGAGGAGGAAGACACACCGGAAGAAGACGCCUCCACCAGCUCAGAACUUUCCCAGAAACCAGCACCCAAGAAACGACGGAAAGUGUUCUGCCAGAUCACCCAGCACCUGCUGGAGAACCAUGAGAUGUGGAAGAAGGUCAUUGCAGAAGAGUCCCAAAGCCAGACAGAAGGGGAGGAGCCCACAUGCCUCACUAACACCCCUGAGCCAAUCCUAGCCAUCGAUGAGGAGGAGGAGGAGCCGGGGAGCAAGGAGGAGCCUGCAGACAACCAGGAGGAGGAGACAACGGAGGAGGCGGAGAGUCCUGUACCUGACGAGACACAUGAAACAGAGGAAACAGAUGGUGAGACUGUAGAGGAAGCGGCCGAGACUGCGAAGCGAGACACGGUGACUGUAGAAGACGAUGCGGAGCUAAUGGGAAAACGAGAGGAAGACGAGAAAGAGGAUCCGGAAUGAAUGACUUGCCCUUUUUAGACGUUGUCUAAAAGCUUUUUAUCAGCAAGCGAGACUUCUAAGAAAUGGUUGCCAGCACAUCACUUAGACACAACACUGUAGAUGCUUGGGGAACAUGUGCCUAAAGGAAACAGGGUGGGGUGGGGUGGUUCGGGAUGAAGGGUUUAAGUAACAAUGAGCAGGUGGUGAACUAUUGAGGUUUGAUGCUAAAAUAGAGUUAAACAGGGGGUUUCCUAUAUUUUCUAGACUUACGUUGGUCAGUUUUGCAAAUUCUUCUGGCGAAACCCUCUCCAGCUGCACCUUAACCCCCAAAACUACGACAGGGGUCCCAGUGAUCUGCGGCGACACGUUUUGCAGGCUCAACAAGCAUUUCCAAGGAGCUUAGCGUCAAAGUCGGGAACGAGAAACCAAUCCACCGUGACUCUCGUCGGUUCGCGUAUCCCAUCAUCGGCAGCGGACGAAAGCAAACGCUCCAGAAACUGCAUGCGUUUGUGAAAAUGCUACAAAAAGAUACACUAUGUGUUUGCGUGUCUGUCCUGCCAUUGCGCUUUGUUUUUCCUUUCCAGAGCAUCACUAUAGCAAACGCUUGCUCCACUGUCUCAUUUCUGAAGGCGUCGAGCCGAAUGCUUGUCAUUCUCUUCCCUCACCUUUUUCCCUCGGCAUUCCAUGAACUGAGAUUUUACAUUUCUCAGGAUCAGACUGUUUUCGAAUAACUGUCAUUGGUUUUUACAGACUUUCUUGCAACUUUAUAAUCUUUUGGAUCUUGAUUUGUGGACAAAGGGUAUCUUUAGUUGUUUUUUAAACUGUAACUUCUUCAAAAUGCCAAUGGCCUUUUAGCCCAAUCGUUGUUUUACCAGGUGAUUUGAUAUAUAUACACAUGCAUACGGCGUGCAAUAGUACAUCACGUCAUCCCUAGUCAUCAGUGUACCGUCCAAAACUACAGAUGCUCUUAUUCUCCCCCCUUCUGUUCUUGCAUUUAAUUGAGUUUUGAGAGCCAAGUAAACUGCUCUAGCAAGUUUGGCUGAAGGUACAAACUGGGAUGACGGGAAGGCCUCAGGCUCCCGCAGUCGCAUGUUUUCCCUCCGAACAAGGCUGUGGUUAUGCUUCACAGUCGUCUCACGCAGCCGCCGCUGUGGUCAUGCAGGACGAGCUCCUCAGCCCAAGGGAUGAAACGACGAACGCCGUCCCUCUCACAUGAGACCAUGUGCCGCACAUGAGAUACGCGCACCGGUCGACACGGCUGUCCGCGCUCGCCUUUGAUGUGCAGAAAGAGGCAGAUUGCUCUCAACGGCGAGAUGAAACACUUCUGCGGGCUUCAUCGCCUCGGGUCCGAUGUCUAAUUAAAAACGCCUAGGUAGGACGCGGCGGUCAUGUGCUCAUCUUUGAAACGUCCCCUUCAAUCGCAAUGCAGUGUAAGCCUUAAUAUUAUCAGGCAAUGUGGUGCAAUGAAGUCCGGCGAAUUAUUUAAGCAAUACCGACCCAAUGUGUACAGCAGAUUGGUAGCAUUUCCAGUUGCACUUUCUUUUGGUUGCUGUGUAAAUCUCACACAGCUCAAGUGUGCGUGUGCCAAAUAUGACUUCAAAUCCAUUCUCCCCAAAGUAUGAAACACCAUCAGGAGCAUGUAAAGGCCGUGUGUGCUUGUGAGUACAUGUGGCGAUGCAGUAUGAGUGCUUUUUAUUUGUACAUGGCCCCAAUUUUAGAGGGUAUAUUAUAUUUCUGCAUUAGGCCGUAGAUUUGUAACCCCAGGCCAGAGAUAUUAACCCUUUGGUGCAUGAGUUAUUAAAUCACAAAUUAAAAUAGUCUUAAUGUUUUUAAUACCUUUUUUAAAACAAAAAUAUAUUAAUUCCCAGUCUAAUAACGCAUUUUGAGAGCGUUAUAGUCCACUGCAAUAAGAGAUAGUAGUUGUUAUGUGGUGCAUCACUUUUGUUUGCCAUUUUGAAUUUAGGUUGCCAUAAAGCAGAAACUUUAAAAAGGAUUGUCACAAUGAAUUAUGGAUAAGGGUUAAAAGUCAACACCUUAAAAAUGACUGUCUAGUGUAGUGGACAUCUUGCAUCAAAUUAUACAGGUGUAUUCGCUGUGUAUUUCCCAAAAUAAAAUGAACUUAUCGUAAUAAUAAAAUCCCCCUAAAUAAACCAUCAUACCCCAAGCCAGAGAUAUUAACCCUUUGGUGCAUGAAUUAUUAAAUCACAAAUAAAACUAUAAUGUUUUUAUUACUUUUUAAAAACAAACAUAUAUUAAUUCCUAGUCUUUUUUUUUUAAAUAAUGCAUUUGAGAGUGUUACUGAGCAUUGCAAUAAAAGGUAGUGAUUGUUAUGUGGUGCAUCAUUUUUGUUUGCCAUUUUGAAUUUAUGUUGCCAUAAUAAAACAUAAAAAAAGGAUUGUCACAAUGAAUUAUGGAUAAGGGUUAUCGCCUUAAAAAUUGCUUUUAAAGAUCUGUCCACUGUAGUGGACAUCAUGCAUCAAAGUGUUAAAUUAGUUGUUUUCGCUGUAUAUUUCCCAAAAUAAUAUCAUAACCUACAAUCAAAUCUUGAGGAAUAAAAUACAUUAUUUCCCAAUUGCACUAAGAAAUAUGUGACAUUAUGGAAGAAUCUAUUAUGCAAUAUAGCUCCGCCCCUUUCAUCUUACUUUUGCUCUGUUUGAGAAAUUUAUGUCAUUACCUUACUGCGAGUUUUUGACGAUCAAAGGUCAUUGAUAUUGAUGUCAUCAAAGAUGCCCAGAUUUGCUUCCACCCAGACAGUAUUCAGAGAGACUCAACAAAAACUGUGGAAUUAGCCAGCGAAUCCUACACGUUUGAUGCGCUCGCUCGUGCGUGCACUGCAUGAUUGCGCGUGUUGGCAUGGCAAUCAUGUCCUCCACCGUGCCUCCCAUCAGUGGGUUUUCAGCUCUGAUCUGCGUUCGGUGGCUCUGAUUCCAGAUUCUCGAGUCAGAAUUGGCAGCACAAAUCUUCAGAAACUGUUUGAAUGGGUUCAUAAUGGCAUUUUCACUAAAUUCAUGUUUUGUUUUGUUUUACACGUAGCAGAUGCCCUUAGGAGUGAAAUAAAUUAGAGUCUGUACAGUUUGGCUAAAAAACCUGUGCAGGUAUUCCAGAAAUGCACGAUAACUUGCUAGUUUGUGUGUAAAGUGUAGUCUGAUAAGCUUGGUUCAUCAUUCCAGAUCUUUUUGAUUGUCAGUAUAGGCGGUUUGACUGGCAUGUCAGGUUCACCGGAUGUCGACACGAGACUUAAAGAGGUUACACGUCACAUAAGAGGCUGAUCCUUUUAUAUUUUUCCUUUGUAUUUCCUGUUCAACACUCAUUCCUUCAUCUUCAGCUGUACGCAUCUCAUAACCGUGUCCACUCGUUUUGUUCACCUUGAGAACCAAACAAGCUUUACACCUCUCUGAGAAAGAGAAAUGAGACUUGUACUUUUUUUUUUAUAUAGUCGGCACCUCACUGACAAAAUAAUUAUUUUUCUUCUCACUUGUAUCUUGCACUUAACACAUGUAGCAAUACCUAUAGAAAGGGAAACUGUGUAAAUCACCAGUAUUCGUAAAGUGAAAUAUUCAUUUUAUCGCUGAUUGUUGUUCCAUUUUGUACAAAAUGAUAUUGUGUACAGGUUAAAAAUGAAACAAAACAAAAACAAAGCCAAAAAAAGGGACAAAAAGAUGAAGACGACAACAGAAGUCUUUUAGAUAAACAUUAUUUAUUUUUACUGUUUUGUAAUUUAGACACUAUACUGUAGCUCCUCUAUUGCCAGACUUACUGGAAGUGCCUCUUGGUAUAAUGUAACAUACAGAAAAUAUAUAUUGAGAUUAUUAGAACCUGUCACAAGCUGAACAUUGUGGAUGUUGUAAUGUGAAUACAGUUUAAUAAUACGAGUGAAA